UUUCAGUAUUGAUAUAUAUUAUAAUUUAUAGAUAUACUUAAAUUUUAAUUUAGUUAGAAAAAGGAGCAUUCCCGAAUAUCAAGAAAUUUUCGAAAAUUGGUGGAUCUCCUAAAGAUUUUAGAAAUGGUAACAAGUUGAAUUGUACAUUGAUUGGAUUUGGUUUGACUGGAAACAAAAAACGAAAUGGUGACACAGGAUAUACAAUGACCAAUGAUAUCAUACAUGAUGAAACUACUUGUAUAAACGGAAUUGAAUCGUUAUGGCAUCAACGGUUAUGUGUAGUGCCGUUCGGUAAGUCAAAGCCUUGUCAAGGCGACAGUGGAGGUCCGAUGAUUUGCAACAAUUUGCAAUAUGGAGUAUGCAGUCAUGGGUAUCCCUUAAUCGGAUUGAACCAAGACUGUAACUAUAAUGCCACACAGUCGGUUUAUAUGUUCAUUAAUUAUUAUGAAAAAUGGUUAAAGGAGAUAAUGGGAUCAAAAAAAAAAAAAAACGAAGUUCUGGGAAUUUGCUUAAGCCACAUCAUUACUUAUUGCAUAUUAUAUUAACAGUAUUAUUGUGUAAUAUCUUGACUUUUAUUUUAAAUUAAUAUGA